UUUAAGACGACCAACAUGAAGAAGAUUUGUCUGUCAGAUGCAGACUCUGAAUUAUUCAAUGAUGAACUGAAUCCACAAGAAUUUGAUUUUUUCCAGAGACAUAAGGAAACAUUUAAAUGCAUGUGGGUAGAACAGGGGAAGCCAUUUUGGACGAGGUUCUGUAUAACAUUUAGAAGUUAUACGUCCAAAUAUGGUAUUAUUAAAGACAUGCCGUAUAAUUCAGAACGGCUCAGGGACAUCAUGGACUUUGCCUUCAUUGUGAUUCAUGACAACUUUGUUGACAGUAAAUCAUCAGCAGCUAAGAAUUUCCUGAUAGAUAUUGCUAGACUGGCACAGAACAAAGAUAAGCUUCCUUACUUAGACUCCAAGAAAUUCUCCAAAGAUCCAUUCUACAGUAGAGACACAAGAGAUAUAUUUAGGAUGUUUUUUGGCCCACCCAGUGAGAAAGUCUCCUACAUCAAGGUUUAUAUAUUGUUUCCUGUGUAUAUGAGACUAUGUGGAUCUGUGUGUAGAUGUUUGAUACGUUGGAUGGAUGCAGAGAACCAAGACUCUGAUGAUGAAUCUUACUGGACACCACCAGAACCAAUCAAACAAGAGGACAAUGAUGACCAGGACAGUACAGAAUAUUUGAAUAGAGUGCUGAUGUGUGAAUCCUGUAUAGAAGAAUGUGGAGUUUUGUAUUUAAAAGAAAAACAAGCUGGUUCUCCAGAAGGACCUCAACACUUACCACUGUGGAUGUUUGGAAACCCUCGUUUUGAAGAGGAAGAGAACCCGUUGUAUGAUCCAGAUUUUCUACAUUCUGAUUGGAGAGAAGGUAUGAAUAUUGAUGAGUUUCGAGAUUUUAUCUAUUUUCUCAAGAUCUGCUAUGGAAAAGCAGAUGAUAAAUGUAAAACAUGUGAACAGAUACGUCAAAAGAAAGAACGAAUGUUGGCUAAAAGUGAAGAAGAUGAGAAUAAGAAGAGGAAGAAGAAGAAGCGAAAGAAUAAAAAGAAGAAAGAUGACUUACUGGAUGAUAAACUUCCUGUCCUGGAAGAAAACCUUGACAAAGAUGAUAGAAGUAUAUCAUUAGCAGGUUUUGAUGCAUCAAAUCCAAAUGUUGAACCAUCUUUAACAGUUAACAGACCUAGUAAAAGGCGUUAUAAAUAUUUUGGUGCAGAUUCUGAAGUUGAUACUAGUGUUAUAUAUGGUCUGUCCAAGAAGUCUGCUGCUGAUAAAUCUACAGGCCCCAAUUCUACUGGAGUGAAAGUUGUGAAGAUCUACAGUGCUAAAACUAAGGGUAGAGAAACAGUUAUUUAUGUUCCUAUGGAUGUGAAGGCUGUAGCAGUUAAUAAACCUAAUAAAAAUGAUCAUUAUGGUAAAAUGGAUAUAUCCGGUUUAGAACAUCUACCACAGCUAUUUGGUUGGGCUGAAGGUCAAGGCUGGUGUCUGGCUGUAAUAAAUUACCAGAUAGAAGAGAAAGAGAAAUUUAGUUCCUUCACCAACUUUACUCUGAAAAUAGCUGGUCAGAAUGAAAUUGUUGUUAGAUCUAUUAUGGAUUGUUUAUUAAAGUAUAUUUGUUCUCGUAAAUCACGAUCGUGUCCUGGAUGGAUAUUACAUGUUGAUGAUGUUAUUGCUAGUGUAGUAGAUGAAUUCUGUUUAACAGGAAUAACUAUAAUAAUAACAGAAAAUAUACCCUAUCGAGAGCUACUCACUGACUGGGAAAUAGCUUCAGAAAGACAGGUUGAUUUAAAUGUUGAUUCUGAUGAAGAAACUCGAGAUUUUAUAAAGUCAACAGAGAAAGAAUUCAGUAUCAAAUAUGAGACUAAAACAUUACAUCACAAUUUAACUAAUGAAGUAAUAGAAGGAUGGAAGUUAUAUUAUGCUAUUGUUAAAAGAGUACGAGAAUACUGUGAAAUCAAUCUAAAAAGACCAUGUGACGGACCGAACAGAAAGAAACUAGUCAGUAUUGAGGUUGUUCGUGGAUGUAUUGACUUAAAAAUAUUACAGAAAGAUAAAUCCCAAAUUAACCCAGAUGAUUAUUACUAUCCAGGAUUGGAUGAAAUUGAUCACAUGUACCUGAAGGCCUGGUUGAAAUUAGAAAAACGGGGAAUUCGAUCUAAAGGAAGUGGAAGAGAUGUUUUUAAAUUCAUAUUACAGAGACAAACUGAAGCCUUUCAUGAAACAGAAGAAGGAAGGAGACUAGAACGUGAAGCUGCUUCUGGAAUUUCUGGUAAAGCAUCCACAGUAGAGGUAAACAUUAUCAGAAAAUCACGCAAACAUGGAAAAUCUAAAACUAGUAUCGCAAUUUCUCAACAGACAACUCAUAAAUGUUCAGAGAAAGUCUGUUCCCAUAAGGGAGAGUUGUCUCAGAUAUCCAAAUCAUUAGAAGAGGUCCUGCAUAAUAUGAAAAUGGCGCGGGGCAAUGAAAAAAAUUAUGAAUAUUGGGGAGAAGUACUGGAAAAACAAGUAUCCCAACAACAAGAGGUCAUUAUUAAAGAGCACAGAGAACAAGUUGAUAAAAUUUAUCAAGAAUUUGAAAGAGAAACAAUGAAAGUGGGAAGCAGGAGAGAAGAAAACAAUGAUGAUGAAAAAAUGGAUUCAGUAACCAAAGAAGAUGGUUCAGGUGUUGGUGAAAGGAAAGUAAAGGGGAAUGAAGCAAAAAUAUCAAGAAAUGAAUCUAAAGAAGGAAAAAGUAAAUCAAACGGGCUGACAAGUAAACCAAAAGUGGCAAACUCUGAAGUGAAAGUUGAGAGCUCAAGCGAAGAAGACUGUAUUGAUAGUUCAAGUGAAGAUGAGGAACAGAACUUGAGAAUCUGUACCAACUGUAAUAAAACAGAACCAGUUUUCAGAACAUAUAAAAAAUGCCAAAGAUGUCAAGAAGAAGGUAUUACUGAAUGUCGUUUCUACUGUGGUCGUGAUUGUCAAGUGGAAGAUUGGUUAAAGAAACAUAGAAUGGAACAUGUUGAAAACAAACUUUAGAUAUUACAAUUUAUGUUGAUUUAGGCUGUUUCAAAUAUUAAAGGGAUUGUAAAGAGGUUUUCUAAAAAAGUUUGGUCUUUCGGGGACACUGAUAGCCUCAAUUUGCAGCAUUUCAAAUUUUUAACAGACUUCUGUGGUUUCUGCAAUUCCACCAAAGCUUAGUGUCUGAUGAUGUCAGAAGGCCUUAAGUGAAACAAGCAUAUUUCGCAAUUAGUGAUGUCAUCAAAGACUUAGUUUUACUGGAAUUGCAGGAACCACAAAAGAUAGAAAAUUGAAAUGGUGGAAAUUAAUGCUAUCAGUGUCCCCAAUACACAUAAAAAAUUUAGAAAAACACUUUACAGUCUCUUGUUUUUGGUCACAGAUCUGGCGAUCUAGCCAUAUGGCCAUAUUUUGGUAUUGAUAUCACUAUCAGUAUAAAUUCCUGUACCGGUAUGGAUUUUCAUACUGGUAUAUGGCCCAGCCCUUUUUAUUAUAAUAUUUGAAUUGUGUGAGAUAUUGAGACAAAAAUAUCUGUUUGACAAAUUCGAAAAUUUAAAAAGCAAAUUAUUGGAUGCUUCAUGUAAUUGUUUUAAAAUAUUAAUGAUGAUGUUAUGUAUAUUCUGGCGAGAAAUCUGUACAAAUUAUAUUUAUGGCAUGCUUUUUGGACUAUUGAAAGAAUUUAAACUGUAUUUACUCGUUCCAAUUUCCAGAUGUGUAAAGUGUUUGGACAAGUAGUCUAAGAUAUUUUUUCUUUAAAAUUUUCUGUGAUGACAUCUUUUUAUAUUUUUUGGAAUCAAAUUUAUGCCACACAC